AUGGGAGAACAACUGUUAAACAACAGCAUCCUUGAUCAAUUUAUUAAUAGCCAUGAGCAGUCAUAUGAAGAGUUUCUAAAUACAUUCACUUACCUUUUGAAAGAGGAAGAGGGGAAGACAAUUCAAGGAAGUAAAGUGGACUCCCUAAGAAAAACAUUUUCUACUUCUGAAUUAUCAAACAGAAAUAAACAGGAUGGCUCACCUGGAAGAAGCAAAGAAAUGUGGGUGUCUCUUCCACCACAGAUGCCAAAUGAGAAUGAGACAGUGAUGAAUGAGAGCUGGAAAGCUGGUGCCUCUGAUGGAAAUGAUCUCAGUCUGUCUGAAAGAGUGAAGGUGGACAAGCACUUAGAUUUGGAAGAUAUCGACACAGACGAAGAGACAGGCAGUGCAGGGUCACUAGUUCUCCCAGGAGAGGUGGAACAGACAGGGACUUACUGUACACCCUUUUUUCAUAAGCCUGUUCAACUGAAGUUCAGAAGCUUGUCAGUUCCACAGCCAUUGGACAGCAAAACCCAAGAGCUACUAGAGGAUGAUGUCCAACCAUUCUCACUUGAUGAAGAAUUUGAUUAUGACAAUGUGGCACUGACCCCUAAGUUCUCUGAAGCUGAGCUGAAGGCCAUUAUAGCAUUAUCUGAAGAGAACAAAAUGGGGACAGAUGUCAAGUCAGCAUGA